GAGAGAGUAAGAAAAAUCUGUCGUUUCCAUUUACGCGUGUGGCGGGAAGUCCCUCCCUCUUCCUUCGUGUCUGUCUCUCUCAGGGGGGUUGCAGCUUUUUAAACCAAAACCAAACAGUGAAAAAAACCCCAUUUCAUUUCUCACAAUGUACAAGCUCGCUACUACUCGAAACGUCGUCGUUUACUUCCCUCGCUUCCGUUCCUUUUCCCCCUUUUUCCACUCUCCUUCUCCUUCUCCAUACAUUCAACUCCUUCCCUCGCGCUUCCUCCGAACAAGUGGACGUGUACAGAAGAUAUCAUGUUUUGAAGAUAGGAAAGCUUCAAGAGGGAGUGAUAAAGUGACCAAGAAGCUCAUAGUACUAGACGAUAAAGAUCUUUCUCACAUAUUAUGGUGGAAAGAGAAGUUGCAGAUGUGCAAAAAGGCCAUCACAGCAAAUCUAAUUGAAAGACUUGAAUAUUCAAAUUUGCUUGGCUUGAAUUUUAACUUGAAAUAUGGAAGUCUGAAGGAAGGAACACUUAACUGGGAAACAUUGCAGUUCAAGUCACAAUUUCCACGUCAAGUUAUACUCUGCCGAGUUGGGGAGUUCUAUGAAGCUGUGGGAAUAGAUGCUUGUAUUCUUGUUGAAUAUGCAGGUUUAAAUCCCUGUGGCGGUCUGCAAUCAGAUAGCAACCCUAAAGCUGGUUGCCCUGUUAUGAAUCUUCGACAAACUUUGGACGAUCUGACACAUAAUGGUUAUUCAGUGUGCAUUGUGGAGGAAGCACAGGGCCCAACUCUAGCUCGAACCAGGAAACGUCGUUUUAUAGCUGGGCACGCUCAUCCAGGAAAUCCCUACGUAUAUGGACUUGUUGGGGUUGAUCAUGAUAUUGACUUUCCAGAACCUAUGCCUGUAGUAGGAAUUUCUUAUUCGGCAAGGGGAUAUUGCAUUAAUAUGGUCCAAGAGACCAUGAAGACAUAUUCUUCAGAAGACUGCUUGACAGAAGAAGCAGCUGUUACAAAGCUUCGAACUUGUCAAUACCAUCACUUAUUUCUGCAUACAUCUUUGAGGAGGAUUUCUUGUGGAACGUCCACUUGGGGAGGAUAUGGUCAAGGGGGACUCUUGUGGGGAGAAUGUAGUUCCAGAGAUUUUGAAUGGUUUGAUGGCAACCCUGUUUCUGAUCUUUUGGCCAAUGUAAAGGAGCUUUAUGGCCUUGAUCACGAGGUUAUGUUUCGCAAUGUAACUGUGUCUUCAGGAAAUAGGGCUCAACCUUUAACUCUUGGAACUUCUACUCAAAUUGGUGUCAUUCCGACAGAUGGAAUACCUUCAUUGUUGAAGGUCUUAUUUCCACCACUUUGCAAAGGACUACCAGUACUGUAUGUUAGGGAUCUUCUUUUGAACCCUCCUUCCUAUGAAAUUGCAUCCGAAAUUCAAGCAACAUGUAAACUUAUGAGCAACGCCACAUGCUCAAUUCCAGAAUUUACGUGUGUUUCUUCAGCAAAGAUUGCUAAGCUACUUGAAUGGAAGGAGGCCAAUCAUAUUGAAUUUUGUAGAAUAAAGAAUGUACUUGAUGAAAUUUUGCACAUGUACAGAAAGCCCGAGCUCACUGAAAUGUUGAAACAUUUGAUUGGCCCCACAUGGAUGACUACUGGGUUAGAAAUUGACUUCCAAACCUUGGUUGCUGGAUGUGAAGUCGCAUCAAGUAAGAUUGACGGCAUAAUAUAUCUGGAUGGUGAGAAAGAUCAGAAAAUCAGCUCCUUCUCUGCUAUUCCUGAUGAAUUUUUUGAGGAUAUGGAGUCUGUAUGGAAAGGCCGAAUAAAAACAAUCCACAUAAAUGAUGUACUUACUUCUGUGGACAAAGCAGCUGAGGCCUUGCAUUUAGCAGUCACUGAAGAUUUCACUCCCGUAGUUUCUAGAAUAAAAGCUUCCAUAUCUCCACUUAAAGCUCCUAAGGGAGAAAUAUCCUAUUAUCGGGACCACGAAGCAGUGUGGUUCAAGGGUAAACGCUUUAUACCAAAUAUAUGGACAGGUAGCCCUGGAGAGGAACACAUUAAACAGCUUAAGCAUGCUUUAGAUUCUAGAGGUAGAAAGGUAAGUGAGGAAUGGUUUACAACUAUGAAGGUGGAGGCUGCCUUAUCAAGGUACCAUGAAGCAAAUGCCAAGGCAAAAACUAGAGUUUUGGAACUUCUAAGGGAGCUUGCUGCUGAACUGCAUUCCCAUAUAAACAUCAUUGUAUUUUCUUCCACACUGCUUGUGAUCACCAAAGCUUUAUAUGCUCAUGUGAGUGAAGGGAAAAGAAGGAACUGGGUUUUUCCUACAAUAGAAGAGUCCCAGAAGCUUGAGGAUGGCAAGCCGUCCAACAAAAACCCUGAGAUGAAGAUAGUCGGUUUAUUACCAUAUUGGUUCAACACAGCAGAAGGAGGCACCGUGCAUAAUACUGUUGAUAUGAAAUCAUUAUUUCUAUUAACAGGGCCAAAUGGUGGUGGUAAAUCAAGUUUGCUUCGGUCAAUUUGUGCUGCUGCACUACUUGGAAUAUGUGGACUUAUGGUUCCUGCUGAAUCAGCCCUGAUCCCAUAUUUUGACUCCAUCAUGCUUCAUAUGAAGGCAUAUGAUAGUCCAGCUGAUCACAAAAGUUCAUUUCAGGUGGAGAUGUCCGAAAUUCGAUCCAUCAUUGCUGGAACCUCUAAAAAGAGCCUUGUGCUUGUUGAUGAAAUAUGCCGAGGAACAGAAACUGCUAAAGGGACUUGUAUAGCAGGCAGCAUCAUUGAAACUCUGGAUAAAAUUGGUUGUCUGGGUAUUGUAUCUACUCACUUGCACGGAAUAUUUACUUUGCCACUGAACCUAAAAAACACGGUGCACAAAGCAAUGGGCACAACGUGCAUUGAUGGACAAACAAAACCUACUUGGAAGCUGACAGACGGAAUUUGUAAAGAAAGUCUUGCAUUUGAAACUGCUAAGAGGGAAGGAGUUCCUGAGAUUAUUAUCGAAAGAGCUGAGGAUCUUUAUCUGUCAGUAUAUGCUAAGAAAAUGCUUUCGGCAGAAAAUUUUGCAAAACAGGAAGAAAUGUCUACUAACGUUAAUGGUAAUAGUUUGAAUGGAACACAUCAUCAUUCCAAAAAGUUUAUAUCCGAUACUUCUCAUGAGGGAAUCUCUUUAGCCAAUCCAAUGGAGGUUUCACAUAAGGAGGUUGAGAAUGCUAUCACUGUAAUCUGCCAGGAUUUUAUAAUGGAACUCCAAAGAAAAACGAACACACCCGACCUUACCAAGAUAAAGUGUUUCCUAAUUGGCACUAGGGAAUUGCCUCCUCCUAUGACUAUAGGUUCUUCAAGCGUAUACAUAAUGCUCAGGCCAGAUAAGAAACUCUACGUAGGAGAGACGGAUAAUCUUGAGGGCAGAGUUCGCGCACAUCGAUCGAAGGAGGGGAUGCAGGAUGCAUCAUUUCUUUAUUUCUUAGUUCCCGGAAAAAGCCUGGCAUGCCAAAUAGAAACUCUACUCAUCAACCAGCUUCCGAAUCAAGGCUUCCUCUUAAGCAAUAUAGCUGAUGGUAAACAUCGGAAUUUUGGCACAUCCAACCUUUAUGUGUAACUAUAAACAUUGACAAUCUGUUAUGCUAUUAUUUUGGCCUGUUAUAUCCAACUAAUGAUUUUAAUUA